UUCACGCGUGAAAACUCGCGAAUGGCCUUCACCUUAUAAUGAAAGCAGACAACACAUCACAAACUGACAUCAUCUAAUGUAAUAAAUCUACGACUUUAGCUAAAAAGGGACAACAAAAUGAGCAAGAUAAACGAUACAAAAUACAAUGAAGGGAUGCAGCACGUGAAACAAGCUGAAAAAUAUAUGAAGACAUCUCUAUUUAAAUGGCAGCCAGACCGAGAUAGUGCAAUAUCUGAAUAUCAGAAAGCAGCCACAGAUUUUCGAAAUGCCAAGGCUAUUGAUAAAGCCAAAGAUACUUAUAUUCAUGUAGCUGAAUUACAACAACAGAUGAAUUCAACAUUCCAUGCAGCUAAAUCGUACGAACAAGCUGGUUUAUUGUGUAAAGAGAAUAAAGAUUGGGAUGAAGCCUGUCACCUGAUGACGAUGGCUGCCCAGAUGUUUCAGGAACAUGGAACUCCAGAUACUGCUGCAUUGACACUUGAUAAAGCUGGAAAGAUGAUGGAGCAGGUAAAACCGGGUCGUGCUAUAGAUUUAUAUAUAAGAGCUUGCGAUGUAGCUGAAAUUGAAGAUAGACCAAUAAAUUGUGCCGAGUUUAUAGGUAAAGCAGCUCGUCUUCUAAUAAAUAGUCAACGAUAUGAAGAGGCUAUUAAUGCCCUACAGAGAGAAUUAGAAUAUUAUUUAGCUGCUGAAAGCUAUGAUAAAAUGAAGAAAGUUAUAAUGGGACAAGUCCUGGUUCAUUUAACUCAUGAUGAUUACGUCGCAGCCGAUCUCUGUUUUAAAAAUAGUCUCAGUUUACCCGAGUUUGGAUCAAGUGAAGAAGCAGGUGCUUUAGAAGACUUAUUAACAGCUUAUGAUGAGGGUGACGAUGAUAAAGGGAAGACAACUCUCAACCUACCUUUAUUUAAAUAUCUAGAUAAUGCUUUUGCUAAAUUAGCGAAGGGAUUGGUAAUGCCAACAGGUUUAGGAGGUAAAGCAGGUGAUAAUAAAGGUAUUGUUAUAGAGGACGGAGAAUUUGACGGAGAUGAUUUACGCUAAAAACAACGCACAAAAUAUAUAAACUUAAUUAAUAAUUACUCAUCAUGGAUUUACACAGCUGUAUCAAUCUGUGAAGCUAGCAUAUAACAGCUGCCACAUUCAAGUACGAAAACCAUUUCCGGAAAUAUAAUUGUUUGUUUAAUUUAUUUUAGUGAUUUUAAAAUUUAAGAAAUAAAACUUUGUUUUUUGUACCAGGAACUAUCACCAAGCGCUGCUUAUCUUGUCGUUUUUGAUCGUGGGGCGACGGCAAUUCAAGUACGAUUGACAUGCUAUUUCGUAAGCUUGUUCCAUGUAUUUUUGCGCAUUGAUUGACAGUGAUUAUGUCAUGCUCGGUUUCUGGUCCAUGAUACCAUUAUACUUGUUUUUAUAUACACCCACAUUUUCAUGUGGACGUAUAUUGUUGUCGCCCCUGUCAAUCCAGACGUUCGUCCACAAUUUAUUUGUGGACACUCUUAAGGUCACAAUUCUUAUCCGAUUUUGGCAAAACUUGAAAUACAGGUGUAUCUCCCAAGGAUCUUGGUUCCUUUCGAAAUUGGCAUGUAUAGGACCGUAACUGCAUGGAUUUUAAUGAUACUUGAAAUGUAUGUUUAUAACCGAAAGAUCUUGGAUCCUUUCGAUAUUCCACAUAUCGGACUGUAACUUCCUGUCCAUCUCUUACAAAAUGCAUGGCAUGGCAACCACUUGUUUUAAUUCAAUAAAUAAAUUGUCAAUAAUUAACAUGAUUGAGAUUUACGCUAAAUCAACGUUGUCAUUUAACAAUAAACAAGUGAGUUUUUCUCGGAGCUUUCUUGGGUAUGUCGUUCAUGUAAAUAAAGAGUGAAUUAUAAUAGACUUGUUCAACCAAACUCAGAAAGGCUGCACGAGAAACAUUAUGCCGAUUGUUCUGUUUAAAAAGUAUUUUAUUUAAAAGAAGAUUUUGAAAAAUCGAGAUGAAUAGGAUGCAGUAACGUGCAAAAAUCCUUAUAUAAAACUAGUCCACAGUCCCCCAUUGUGCAAUCGGAUUAAAAUACAGAUCUAUAUUUCAUUUCGUUUUUUUUAUGCUGUUGCUGGUCUACACUACAUGAAGAUCUGACCAGUUGUACUGGAAGGUUGCGUCAGGGGUCAUACAAGCGGCAUUUGACCUUUUGACGUCAGACUUUGAUUUAUCAAUCAGCGUUGACGUUUCUAGUGGUUUACCCACAGUUUCGUGCAUGGUAUGCCAAGAAGUCGCCGUAACAGAUGGUUUCAUUGGCUAAUCCCUCACACCAUCCAGAACGAAUUUUCCAGACCCUAGUGUAGUACAGACAAAUAAAACGAAAUUUUGAACUAUAAAAAACGAAACGAAAUAGGAUCUGUGUUUUAAUUAUAUUGCCCAUUCUGAUUACUAGAUGAUCUCGUCUAGAGCAUGACGCUAUUUGUGUACAUUGCAGUAGAUACGCUGAAUAUAACGGAUUUUUUUACAUCAGUAAAAGCAUCAAUAAAAAAGGGACAUUUAAGCCAAGGCUAUUUUAUAGCCAAUCACCUGUAGGCUAUGGUGACGAUUAUGCAAUGUAAACUGAUGUAGUCAGUCUCGCCUCGUCUCAUGCGGUUUCCUUCGUCUGGUUGAGCAAGACUAUAAAUCAUAAGAGUACGAAUCUGUGUUUGUAAUUUUUUUUAUAAAUAUUUGUUGUUCCUACUGUAUAAGCAACUUUGUUAAGAAUAUGUCUCAUUCCAAUCGAUGUUAUUUGUUUAUUUGAUUCUUUUUUGUAUAAAUUCAUUUAUUUUAAAGUAGAAAUGCCAGUACAGUGAGCAUAAAAGUGGGUUUAAGUAUGCAAAGCUAACACCAAUAUUUGAGGAAAUAGCUUCUUUGCGUUGGCUGGAAAUUUCAAAUCAAAAUAUUGAGCCGCUUGGAAGUGAUCACUAGAUUUAAUUUGUGUUAAGGGUUACAUCACUCAUUUAAGGAAUUUCACUGUUCAAUCGUAUGAGUGAGUUGAUAAUUAUGACUAUAGAUAUGAUUGUUCAGGCACUCAUACAGGUGGAAUUAGCUAAUAUAUGGGUUUAUCUGGGUGCUUGAGUUUCUCCAUUACUGCUAAAAAUGCCUAUGCACAAGCAAAUUAUUGAAACAAAGCUGGCUCCAUAUGUUAGUCCAAAAGUAACCCAGUUCUUUUUUCCAGUGAACAAUUAAACUCUCUAUUCCCCCCAUCACCUCUCUCUCUCUCCCUCUCUGGGUUGGGUGGUUGAGUGUUCUAAUGUAUGCACUUUAGAUUAUAAGGUCUGACAUUGAGUCAAAGGACAUGGUUUUGAUUCCAACCUUGUACAAUCUCUCUCUUUUUGUCCCCCCCCCCCUUUUGUACCCCUCUCUCUUUGUACCCCCCCCCCCUCCCUCUCUCUCUGCUCUCCCCAUCUCUUUCUUUUUGUACCCCUCUCCCUCUCUCUGUGUAUCCUUCUCUCUGAACACCCUCUCACAACUCUCUCUUUCUCUCUCUUUGCCCCCUCCUCUCCCUCUGUACCACCCGCUCUCUCUCUCUCUCUAACUAAUGAUGUGGAAGUUCUGAAACAAUCUAUUAAAGAUGUGUUAUGUGUAUAUUAUGUGUUAAAUAUAUUUAUUUAUAAGUUUAUUGUUUGUAGAUAUGUUCUCCAUUAUAUGCAACUUUUACAAGAUGUACAUUUAUUUAUAAUAUUGUAAAUAUUUAGCUUAGUGAUAAACGUAUUUACUCUGGUAUAUCAGUUGUUUCUCUAGGUCACAGACACUAAAUAUUGAAAUCAUUUGAUGUAGAAUUAGAAAUAGACUUUUCUGUGGUGUAUAUUAUGAAUAUAGAUUAUGCAUAGGUAGGACAAUAUUAAUUACGAGUAUCAAUUAUGCAUAGGUAAGACAGUAUUAAUUAUGAGUAUCAAUUAUGCAUUAGUAGGACAAUAUUAAUUAUACAUAGGUAAGACAAUAUUAAUAUUGAAAUUGUUUUAUCUAAAAUUAGAUAUAGACUUUUUUUGUGGUUUAUAUUAUGAAUAUUAAUUAUACAUAGAUACAUAGGUAGGACAAUAUUAAAGUCCUGAUGCACCAUUUGCAUUUUCGCUGAAAUAUCAAAUUUCUCACUGCUACACGCUACUGGACAGGAUUGAACCAUUUUUCGACUCAAUCAGAUUAAAAUACAGAUCUAUAUUUUGUUUCUUUUUUUUAUACUUUCGAUGGCCUGACCGGCUGUAGUGAAAGGUCGGUUAAGAGUUCAUAUGAGCGACUUUUGACCCUAUGACGUCAGACAUUUGAUUAACCAAUCAGCUUUGCUGUUUCUAGUGGGUUACCCACAGUUCUAUGCAGACCGUUUCAUUGGCUAAUCCCUCACAUCAUCCAGAUCCAAGUGUAGUAAAAACAAGUAAAACAAAAUUUUGAACUAUAAAACACGAAAUGAAAUAGGAUCUGUGUUUUAAUCAGAUUGUUUUGGACUGAUAUUCAUAUAAGACAUUCAUCCUUCACAAUACUGCAGUUUGUACGGAAUUCCUAUUGCUUAUAAUUGCGCAAUCAGACUUUAAGUAUGCAUAGGUAUGUCCUGUCUAUAGUCAUUCUGAGAAAAAAACAAGAGAUUUGUAAUUUGAUAUUGUAUUUUAUUCUGUGCAAUGAAAAUUUUACCUUUUAUGAAAUAUUAUCAUGCAAUAGGCAAGGCUGCCGACAGAGUAGAGUGUAAGGGUGGUAUUCACUGGUCUAGGUUUAUCGAAAGUUUAAAUUUAAGCAAUCCAUUUAAAUUACGAAAUACAUUGUAUUAGCCAUGAAAUUUGGCAUUAUCAUAUGAUUAGAAAUACUGAAUUGAAUUGAACCAUUUUUGCAGGGAUAUGAUUGUCAGAGAUCCAACUUUCUCAAUAUGGUUGUUUGCAGAGGAAUCGCCAAUAUAUUAAAGGAUUCCCUAAUAUUGUAAUUUGCAGGGGAUUCUCAAAUAUUGUAAUUUCCAAAGGAUUCCCCAAUAUUGUAGUUUGCAAAGGAUUCCCCGAUAUUGCUGUUUGCAAGGGAUUCCCCAAUAUUGUUGUUUGUUAAGGAUUCCCCAAGAAUGUAGUUUGCAAAGGAUAACCCAAUAUUGUAGUUUGUAAAGAAUUCCCCAAUACCUCAAAUCGCAAUCGGCGGCUUUAAGCAUUAAAAUUGAGAAAGUAAAGAUUAUUAAAGUCUGACUUUACGUAUCGCAAAAGUGGUUCCAGGUACAGGUAAGAUUUCUUCAAUUUUUUUUAUAUUAAUGAGGCUUUUUGUCUUUUAAAUCAUGUAUUAUUAGUACCAAUAAUUUUUUUAUAAUCUUUGUAAGAAUGCAAUAUGCUCAUUAUGAAUAAACUCUGUUAAAACUACA